GUUUAACUUACGUCCUUCAUUAUCGUUUACUUUUAUUUCAUCUUUUAGUUCUUCCGGUUCCUUUAUGCGUUAUCUUCUCAGUCUUAUCUACACAGUAAUCUCCGUCAAGUCUACCUGAGGAAUCUCCUAAGACUUAUGAGACGGCCCUCGGACAGUAUGGCCGACGAUGGGACGGCAACACCAACCAAAAAUCAAACGACUGAAACGGAAACGAAGCCACCGCAACGAACGCCAGCCAUUUCCGAUUAUCUAAGAAUCUUUACCUACGCAACAAAAUGGGAUUUUUGUGUAUACGCUAUAGCUGCUGUAGCAUCUAUCGGUGCUGGUGUUGCCAUGCCGCUCAUGAAUAUCAUCUUUGGUCAACUCGUAGGACAAUUUACCAAUUACUUCAAAGAUGCGACCACUAUAUCCCGCGGCGAAUUUGACCAAAUCCUUAGCCGACAGUCCUUAUACAUCAUGGGUCUAUUCCUCGCUCGUUGGGGUCUAACCUCUAUCAAUAAGUUUUGUUUCAGAAUGAUCGGUAUUCGUAUGUCGUCGGCUAUCCGUCGCCAUUACCUACAAUCCCUACUCGCGCAAUCAAUCCACGCAAUAGACACCAUGCCUACUGGUGCACCAGCGACAGCUAUUACAGCAACGUCAGCAACUUUACAGAUUGGCAUCUCCGAACGUUUAGGUACCUUCCUCCAAUUUACUGCCACCAUCUUCGGAGCGAUAAUUGUUGCCUUUAUUUGGAGUUGGGAUCUUACGUUAGUGACAUCCUCGUUAAUGCUUUAUAUCUUGGUCGUCUUAUCUUUCGCUGUACCUUUAAUCGUCAAAGGUCAAACCGAAACUAUUCAAGCGGAUACCCAAGGAACAGCUAUCGCAAGCGAAGCAUUGCAAGGUAUUCGGCUGGUCAUGGCAUGUGGUGCUCAAAGUCGAAUCAUCUCUCGUUAUGAAAAAUGGGUGCAGGAGGCUCUUAAAAAAGCUCAAAAAAUACCUCCAGUUGUUGGGAUUCAAUUAUGCUGCGUAUUUUUCGGUAUUUUUGGGGCGUUCGGUCUGGCCUUUUGGUAUGGUGCACGGCGAUACAGUGUCGGUGCGAUUGAUAACGCCGGUGUGGUCAUCGUAGUACUCAUGUCGGUCAUGAUGAUUCUCACCUCUGUGGAGCGAAUAUCGACGCCACUUAUAGCAGUUAGUAAAGCCAUGGUUGCUGCAUGCGAAUUAUUCACCGUUAUCGAUGCUCCUCUGCCUUCAUCCGGUUCUCUUAAGCCAGACAUUACUGGCGAGGACUUGGUUUUCACCGACGUAUCCUUCUCAUAUCCUAGUCGCCCUGGUGUCAAGGUUCUAGACAUGCUGAGUUUUCGCAUUCGGCACGGUCAGAAUACUGCUCUCGUGGGUCCCUCAGGUUCCGGGAAGAGUACUAUCGUUGCCUUGCUAGAGCGGUGGUACACUCUUAACGCUAUUAAACCAUCGGACGAGUCAAAUGAUGAAAAAACGGACCAACCCGAGGAGUCUGAAGUGCCCGUUGAACCCGAGUCAACCGGGUCGAUCACGGUAGGCAAUCACAACUUACAAGACAUUGAUUUGUAUUGGUGGAGAACGCAAAUCGGUCUUGUCCAGCAAGAACCAUUUCUCUUCAACGAUACUAUAUUCGGUAAUGUGGCGAAUGGCCUCAUCGGAACUGAAUUUGCAGAAGAAUCCGAAGAGCGAAAACGAGACCUAGUCCAAGAGGCAUGUCAAGAAGCCUACGCCCAUGAAUUUAUCGACCUUUUACCAGAAAAGUACGACACAAAAGUGGGUGACGGAGGGAUGAAACUCUCAGGUGGUCAAAAACAACGUAUUGCCAUCGCCAGAAGUAUCAUCAAAAAGCCACGUAUCCUUAUUCUCGAUGAAGCAACAUCCGCAAUUGACGUACGAGGUGAACGUAUUGUACAAGAUGCUCUGGAUAGAGUUUCGCAAGGUCGAACAACAAUCACCAUUGCGCAUCGACUCUCUACUAUCAAAAAGGCCGAUCAUAUUGUCGUAUUACAAAAAGGGCGAGCGGUGGAAGAAGGAACCCACACAAGCCUCCUUGCCAACGAAAAUGGAGUCUACAGUGGUUUAGUGAAAGCUCAAUCACUUCAACUAGCCAACGACGAAGAGCAGCCAGAUGCAUUACCACAGACAUAUGACACCAAGUCCGAAAAGGCCGCCAGCGAGUCUAAUGACGCGGCGACUCAUAUCGAAGUGACCCUUCAAACCACAGCUAAAAAUCCCCGAAGUUUAGUUCGCGCCUUCUCGAAACUUCUAUACGAUCAACGAGUAUAUGUGUCAUUGUAUUUAGGCGCUCUUGCUUCAUCUAUGUCGACUGCGGCCGGUACACCGAUUCAAGCUUGGCUAUUCGCCAAAGUUAUUGGCGUAUUCCUACUUCAAGGGGACGAACUUAAGAAACAAUCCAACUUUUGGGGGUUAAUGUGGUUUGCCUUAGCUGGUGGCGUUGGUCUUUCGUACUUGGCAUUAGGAUGGUUCAGUCUGAGAGCUCAAUACUUUGUUAGCGCAGCGUAUAAGAUGCGAUAUCUAACUGACAUGCUGUAUCAAAAGCCUAGCUUUUUUGACGAGGAUAGUCACUCCCACGGUACAUUAACCUCCCAAAUCGCUGGGGACGCCAAACAGCUAGAAGAUUUAUUUGGCGUUAAUAUGGUAUCGUGGCUCGCUGGCGUUUGGACGGUCGUCGGAUGUAUCAUCAUCUCACUCAUCUUCGGAUGGAAGCUUGGCUUAGUCGCAACAUUCGUCACCAUGCCAAUUAUGCUAGCAUCUGGCUUUUGGAAAUUUAGACAUGAAGUACAGUUCGAUCAAAUGAAUUCGGCCGUGUUUUUGGAAAGUUCGCAAUUUGCUACCGAAGCUAUCAAUGCAAUCCGAACAGUAUCUUCUCUCACAAUGGAAUCCACGAUCAAUAAUCGAUAUCAAAAGCUUCUCCAAGGACAUGUUCAGAAGGCUAGGCGCAAGGCUCAAUGGACAGCAGCACUUUACGGGUUUGCGGAAAGUGCUAGCCUAGGUUGCCAAGCGUUGGUCUUCUAUUAUGGGGGUAGACUCUUGUCGACUGGAGAAUAUAGCUUGGAAGCCUUCUUUGUCUGUUUCAUGGCUAUUAUACAAGGUGCAGAAGGCGCGGCGACCGUGUUAGCGAACGCUCCCAGUGCUGCACAAGCUGCGAUGGCCGCGAAUAGAAUAUUCGAUAUGGAAGAGUCCGCUAAUAUAGAUGAAGGCGAGACAGAGAAAAGCGUAAUUAUACCCGAAUCGGACGAUGGUAUUCGAAUCGAGUUUCGCGAUGUUCAUUUCAAAUAUCCGACGCGCGACGUCUCGGUCUUUGAAGGGUUAAACCUGAGAAUUGAAAAGGGUCAAUAUGCAGCUCUCGUUGGUCCAUCUGGUUCGGGAAAAUCAACAAUCAUCUCACUAUUAGAAAGAUUUUACGACCUAGAAUCCAACCAAGGCGCAAUCCUCUGCAAUGACACCAACGUAAAUGACCUCGGGGUCUAUGGUUAUAGGCAAAAUCUAUCGCUUGUAGCACAGGAACCAACCAUGUUUCGGGGAACCGUGCGCGAUAACAUUCUUUUCGGUGUUACAGAUCCAAGCUCUAUAUCGGAAGAAAGAAUCCAUGAAGUAUGUCGCGAUGCAUUCAUUCAUGAAUUUAUCAUGUCUUUGCCCGAAGGUUAUGAUACCGACAUCGGCCAGAAAGAAAUAUCCGGAGGACAGAAGCAAAGAAUUGCGAUCGCGCGUGCCUUAAUUCGAAACCCUAAGAUUCUUCUUUUAGAUGAAGCAACAUCAGCACUGGAUUCGGAAUCGGAGAAGAUUGUUCAGGCUGCAUUAGAGAAAGCACGUACCGGACGUACUAUGGUUGCUGUAGCUCAUCGGCUUUCAACUAUUCAAACCGCCGAUAUAAUUUUCGUUUUAGAACAUGGAAAGGUUGUCGAGAAAGGAACCCAUAGCGAAUUGGUUAAGCAACAAGGUGUAUAUUGGGAGAUGUGUCAGAGCCAAGCCUUAGACCAAUAGAAUAGUAUGUUAGAGACGAACCAUAAGGUAGAGGUAGAGGGUAUACAUCGGAUCGGCUCUUGGGCGUCUCUGGAUUGGCUAGGAUGACGAUACAUUAUAGUUGCUUGAUUUCGCCGUUGAUAUCGUAGACUUGUAAUAUGAACUAGACUCAUUAAUGUAUUUUCUUUUGAGCACAAGAUUAAACGUACCAAUUCAAGAAAUGCCGCGAAUU